GCGGAGCUUCGCCUCAGUCGCCUCAGGCGCAGUGAAGGAGCAGGAGCUCCGCCAUGGGCUCCGUCCUUGCGGCCGGGUCCCCCCCUCCGGUGUUACCGGUAACCCCAGGCCCUGGUUAUGGGGCAGGGCUGCCCCAUAGCUCUGCCCCACGGAGCCCCACGGAGCCGGCCCCGGAGCCGCUGCCCAACCCUGGGGCCUUCGAUGACUUCCAUCGGCGCUGCAAGGAUCUCUUCCCGGUGCAGAUGGAGGGGGUCAAGCUGACGGUGAACAAGGGGCUCAGCAACCACUUCCAGGUGAACCACACGGUGGCGCUGAGCACUCUGGGAGACUCCAGUUACCACUUUGGGGCCACCUACGUGGGCACCAAGCAGCUGAGCCCCACUGAGGCAUUCCCGGUGCUGGUUGGGGCCAUGGACAACAGUGGCAGCCUCAAUGCUCAGGUUCUGCAUCAGCUCUCCCAGAGCCUGCGCUCCAAGGUGGCCCUGCAGACCCAACAGGCCAAGUUCAUCAACUGGCAGCUGGAUGCAGAGUACAGAGGCAGUGACUUCACUGCAGCCCUGACCCUGGGGAACCCUGACAUCCUGGUGGGCUCCGGGAUCCUGGUUGCCCAUUACCUGCAGAGUGUCACCUCCAGCCUGGCCCUGGGGGGGGAGCUGGUUUAUCACCGACGGCCUGGAGAGGAGGGCACCGUGGUGGCCAUGGCGGCCAGAUACACAGCACCCAACUGGAUCGGGACCUUGACCCUGGGCCAAGCGGGGGCUCAUGCCACCUAUUACCAUAGAGCCAAUGAGCAGCUGCAGGUGGGGGUGGAGUUUGAGGCCAGCACCAGGCUCCAGGACAGCUCCGUGGCCUUCGGCUACCAACUGGAGCUGCCCAAGGGCAACCUGGUCUUCAAAGGCUCCCUGGACAGCAGCUGGGUGGUGGCUGCAGUGCUGGAGAAGAAGCUUCCUCCCCUGCCGCUGACCUUGGCUCUUGGGGCCGUCCUCAACCACCGCAAGAACAAGUUCCUCUGUGGCUUCGGCCUCACCAUUGGGUGACGGGACAGCCCAUAGACACAUAUGGGCAUCCUAUAGACUCC